UGGCAUAGGUAUAAAAUAGAGUAAAAUUAUGUAAAUAGAUAGCUUAAAGAUUUCAGCAAUUUAUAUGUCGGGGAAGAGAGAUGGGGGAGGCAUAAGCGUUGUCAGACAUAAACAGAUAAUAUAGGGGAGAAAGAGAAUGUCGAAAGUGGAGGUUGAGAAUGAGGAAGCGAUGAAAGCAAAACAGUCUAUUUAGACACACGAGUUGUGUGUUCUGUUAACUCCCGAACUUUCACCCCCUCCUCUUGUACGUUCCCUCGCUCCACCACUUCUUUGUCUAUCGAUCACUCUUAAUUUACAAUUAAUUCCCCGCUCACUUUGUAUCUAUUUCUUAUGCUUACAGUUUAGGUAUCGACCUAUUUAUCUCACCUCCCUCACACUCCUUCCUUUUUUGUUUCCACUUUUGCCCAAUUUAUAUUACUUGUCCGUCGCUUAUAAUCUUUCCUCUAAACGUUCUCUCUCUCUCUCUCUCUCCAUUCUCCUGUUCCCUUUUCUCCUAUGAUUCUUAUCCACUCCUGUUCUUCAUUCCCUCUUUCUCACGCGUAGUCUUCGCAUUUAACACUCUCUGCUAUCUCUCUAUCUGCCUGUCUAUCUAUCUAUCUAUCACUGCAGUUUGAACCAUACACGCACAUUCUGAUUGCUGCGUCAAAAAGAACAGCAGCAGCAGAAUUACGUAUAGUAGUAGUAGUAAUGAUGGUAAUUAACAGUGUACAGUCGGUACAACCAGAGUCACUCAUCGACUGUACAACAUCCUCAAGAUAUACAACAAUGAUGGCCACAACACUGCAAUCAUCUUCUCAAGAAAGCAUUGCAACUAGUCAGUGCUUUCUUUAACCAGCAGCUGACCUGACCUGCCAAGACAAGGAAAUACUUUACAGACUUCCUAUAUAUAUAUAUACACACACACACACACACAACCUUCUCUUUGUGAAUGUAUCCUUGCUUAUAUUAAUGUACAAUUGCACUAACGAAGAAAGAGGACUGUCUACCGGCGAAGGAGGUUACCCACGACGAUCCGAACCAGGAUGCAAGCUACUUUGCAAAACCAAACUAAAAGCAACACAAUAACUAACCGGAUUUCUCCAUUACACCUUCCCGAUCUACCUGCGACAAUCCUGUCACCAGUCAAACCACAAUUAUCAUAGUUAUUACUUGUACUACUACUGAUAACAACAACAACAACAACAGCAACAGGAAGAUUUUAACACGAGUCAAGGAGCCUCCCUUUACACAGGCAUAUAUAUCUUUAGCUAGAUAAACAUAAUUAAGCAUAUUGUGUAUAUAUAUAUAUUUAUAUAUAUAUAUAUAUAUACUUACACACAUUUACAAAUGAGUUUUAUAAAUCUGUAUAUAUAGCCCUGUAUAUAUGCUUUUCUCUUUACUUUUAACUCUGGGUUUUUGCUGUUAUUCAUUUCUUCAUAUAUCUACAAAUAUACUUCUCUCUCACUCUCACACACACACAUAUAUAUAUAUAUAUAUUGUUCUCCAUUCCCUCACCUUACCUUUCAGUCCCUGUAAGUGGUUGUCUGGUCUAGUGGACAAGGCAGACAACAGAGGGACAGUCACUGAAAAGCAAGGACUGUCGUUGUCUUUGACACACCAUUGCCCACACACACACACACACACACUGUCACUAAAUAAAACCCAACACAAACACACAUACUCUACUAAUAAGCUAUUCCACGAUACAUCAGAAACAACAAGACCAUGACAUACUAGCAUUUAAAUCUAACACACCAUACUGACAUACAUACACACAACAAGCACCGCGACACGUUAAUACAUAUACCACAAUAACAUACACAUAAGACAUUAAAACACAUAUAUAUACACACACACACACUUUCAGCAACGACAAGAAGCUGAAAAAAAAAAAAUGUCGCAAAUGUCAACGGCAAAUUUAGAAAAAAUUCUGCUGAAAUUUCUUCAGCAUGUCAACGAGUUGGAAAUUAAGGACGAGAGGACGUCUAUGACUGGAUUCGAACAGGAGUUCAGGGAAUUGCGUCUGCAAGGAAUCAAAGACAAGGAAGAGGACACAUAUCCGGCUGAAGAAGGCAAACAGAUCUUUAACAUCAAAAAGAACAGAUAUAAAGACAUCAUACCAUAUGAUGCCACCCGGGUGAAGUUAAAAUCCAUCCCAAAUGUACCUGGCUCGGAUUACAUUAAUGCUAACUAUAUCCAAUCUGCAGUUAGUGGCCAUGGAUAUAUUGCCUGCCAAGGACCAUUACCCAACACAGUUGCAGAUUUUUGGCGAAUGAUAAUGGAACUAGAUGUUGAAACUGUUGUGAUGGGCUGUAAGGAAGAAGAAGGUAACAAGCCAAAAUGUGAGCGAUAUUGGCCUAAAGACAGUGAAACCAAGUUAUUUGGCAACAUUGAAGUUAAAUUGGUCAAUGAAAUCAAGCACUCAUCCGACUUCAUUGUGCGCCAGAUGACCGCUACACAAGGGGACACUGUACAACAUAUCACCCAACUUCAUCUCGCUGAAUGGCCUGACCAUGGUGUGCCAGAUGUUGAGGACCAAACUUCUAUCUUGCAGACCAUCCAGAUGUUAGGAGAACGAGUGAGGCCACAUGUUCCAGUGGUUGUCCAUUGCAGUGCUGGCUGUGGACGAACCGGAACUAUUUGUGCCAUAGAUUAUGCUCAGAAUCUGCUGAAAUCAAAUAAAAUCACUCCAGACUUUAGCCUUUGUGAAAUUAUUAAAUUUAUGAGAACCCAGCGACAGUCAAUGGUUCAAACUCCUGACCAAUACCAACUCGCACAUUAUGUGGUGCGGCAAAUUUUCAAGAACCAUUUGAAAGGGAUGGGAAUCAGUCACUACGAAAAUAUAAAUGUCUAUGAGACCAUCAGCAUGUCCAAGUCCAGUGAUCUUGAUGAUCCUGGAUAUGAAAACAUCUCAGUUGAAAAUUCCAUUUCAACAUUUCCUGUUUAUGAAAGCAAACCCCGCCAAGAAACACCCCUGCCACCUGAGAGGAAAAAGAAGCCAGAAAACCUAACUGUAACCCCUGAACAAUGUACCUCGAAUAGUUUAUCUCCUGUUGAAAUGUCCCCACAAAAUCUCUCACCAACCCAAAGAACUCCCAGUCCUGCACUUUAUUCAAAUUCCCUGACUUGCAGACCAGUUACUCCAAUUGAGCAAGAAUGGAAGGUCACUUCAAGCGGGAUAUAUUCUAAUGUAAAUAAUACUUCCGAAGAUACCAAGAAAUUUAUGACAUGCAUAUCAGCUGGCAAUCAAGAAGAGGCUCAAAAUUUAUCUUCACAAGACACAAUUUCUAACCUUGACAGACAUGUGAUCCCAACUAAAGCACCACCAGUUUCACCUAGAUAUGACCACCUUCAGUUUAACGGCAAUAAUUCUCGGUCACCCUACCAAGAAUUAGUACCGUGUGUAAAAGGAGCAGCUGCCCUGAUGAAUUCUGAAAUGCCAUCCUCCAAGGCAAAGUCUUUGACGAUGUCCGGUCAUGGUAAGGCAGCAGAUAAUUCUAAAAACAACGAUGAUCAUGUUUAUUCUGUUGUGAGCAAAUCUCACAUGAGAAGUCUUUCUGAAUCUGAUAAAACUUACUGUGAAAUCUCUGCCAUGAAAAGCCCAGCUUCUGUUGACUUUGGAGAAACGGAAACUGGUUUCACACCAAACCUCCCACCACGGAAAUACAAAAGUGAUAUGGAACCUUUUGAGAAAACAAAGGAAGAAAAACAUACGGGAAAAUUAGGAAAGAUGUUGGAAAUGUUACAUAUAAAGAACAGCUCGAAUUCUGAGAAACACAAACAUCAGAAAAUUUCUAUCAUUGGUUUCGGCCAUCGAGUUGGUCACCCAAAAGGACCCAGGGACCUUCCACAUACAUUCAAGAAAUAGCAUCUAAGAUUAAAUUAGGAACUUAAUUAAACUGCAUGCUGAAGAAAAAAACAAAAAAAAGUUCUGUGAAAACUCAUAAUCUGUUGAAAAAAAGAAGCAAAAAAUUAUAAAUAUUUGGGGGAAAGUUUUAAAAAAAAAUAAAAAAAAAGACAAAGAAAAACAAAAGUAACUUAACAAAAAGGAGGUGAGAGACUUCAGACUGUGUCUGAUGUUAAUUGACAAAGGGCCCUGACCUGGAAAUUUUGUGUCAUUUGAAAAUUCUUAUUGACCCCACCUGACCUGUCCAAAUUUUUUCUUGCUCCACCCACUCCACCCACUUCGCCACUACCACUGACAGACACACACACACAUACACACACAAAUAAAUUGUUCCUCCUUCUCAUUCUCCUCCUUUACCGCUGCCGUCGCCACCACCACCACCAACACCACAACAACCAGCCAACUUCGACUUUGAACUUGAAUAUUGCUUCAUUUUAUUCUCCUGUCUUUUUAAUUUAUUCUAAUAAAUGAAAAUAACAAGAACAAACAACAACAUUUUUUUUUCUUCUUCUCCUCCGUCUCCUCCUCCUUCUCUUUCUCUACUUUCAUUCAUCCUUUUGAAAAUCGUUUGUAAUUUAGCUAACAAUCCAUUCAUAAACUGUUACUGAAAUGGAUUUUUGUUUAUACAUUAAUAUAUUUAUUUUCUAUCUGAAUAAAAACAAAUUCAACAUGCACACUUGA